GAUAGACUUAAAAAAUCUCUGCAUUUAAAAAAUUUCUGGCCUCAUGAAAAAAUCGCACUUAGGAUCCGUCGCUGUAUGCCCCUAAAAAUUUGCAUGUGACCGGAACCGCUCAGUCGAGAAUCAGAACUGAUCAUCCGGAAAGGAAUAAAGCACUUGGGAUUUCAAUUGUGGAUUAAUCAAUGGUGAUGGUGCAUUCUAUCUGCAAAUUAUUAUUGCUAAAGUUUCCGCUGACAAGCGGUCAUAUUGCUGUUACAUCGUUCUCAUCUUCCCUCGUUUGGCCCACCCGCCGCCGCGCCCUCUCAUUCCUUUCAUUCAACAAUGCAACGCAUGCGAUGAGUUGGAAGGAAAGUAGGGAACGAGUUAGAGGAAUUAUGGCUAUAUUUUCAGCGGAUUUCAGCACCGCCGCAACUUCCGCCGACGAUAAGGCUAUAGACGGCCGGGAGUACUUGAAGAUGUCAGAGGAGCAGCUGCUGCGGCAAUGCGAGAUGAAUACAUUCAAGUCGUCGGGCCCGGGCGGACAACACCGUAACAAGAGAGAGUCUGCUGUGCGGCUCAAGCACCGCCCCACCGGUAUUGUUGCACAAGCUGCAGAAGAUCGGUCUCAGCACAUGAAUCGCGCCUCGGCACUUAAUCGAUUGCGAGCUCAACUGGCUCUUAAAGUGAGGAACCACAUAGAUCUUGAUGCUUACGUACCUCCAGAAGAGCUACUUCAGAUACUUCCCGCUAAAUCAUCUAUCAAGGGGCCUCAUUUUGGGCCCAAGAUUGGACCAAAUAAUGCAAAUUUUAUUCUGGGAAUGCAAGCAUUACUUGAUCUAGUUUUUGCUGUUGAGGGAUCUGUAUCUGAAGCAGCUAAGAGGUUGGGGUUAAGCACUGGGGCUUUAUCAAGGCUAAUAUUAUCAGAUGAUUCCCUUAAGAUGGCUGUCAAUGAGUUCAGAGCAUCUAAGUGUGUCUUUGUACAGGGUAUGAAACCACUCAAGUAGGACGGAUGGCUAUCAAAUAUGUGAUCUCUCUUGGGUAAGAUUAAAUAUUUACUUAGAUAUUGUGUACUUUCUAAAUUGGCAUUGUUUAGAGUGCUCGAGUAUUGAAAUCCCACCUUUAUAGCCAGCUGAGAGGAAUUAUUCAAUACCAUGGUUGUGAAAUGAUUGAAAUCCUACUCCCUCAUGGGCUUACAGUUCAUAUAAACUCUUUUAGGGGUGAGAAUCAGAGAAUGACAUGACUGAACUAUGGAACUAUAUGUACUUAAUUGUAAAUUACUACCAUCAAGUGUUUCACUUAAAAUGUAGUGAUGUAACUUUGGUGUACCUUGGUACAAUUCCGUGUGAACCUCAGAUAAUAGAUCUUCAUAUUGAGUAUGCACUUCGGUCAUCCAUAUUGUUUAUUAUGUCACCUCCUAAGUCAUCCUGCAUUCGACUUUGAAAAUGAUGGUAACUGGUGGCUCACCAUGGAAAACCCAAUGUG